UCAUGUGACCUAGAGCCGUCGGCGGACAUUUUGGUUUUGGGCAAGGAUGAGGGAAUGAAAGAUAUGUUGUGAGAAGAGGCGUACCUUGCGGUUGUUGGAAGUGUAAAUGUUGAAAACACUUACUGUUGGCACCUGCCUUUCUCCAGCAGUUCAUUAUAUGGUCUGCGAGGUUGGAUUUGAGCUGCAGUGCAGUUAUGAUAUUAGAAGAAUCCUAACCAUAAACAAUGAAGUGUGCUGGCAGACUCUCAGUGAGAAUGUGUUUUAUAAAGAUACAGGCCAGUGUCUGGAUUUUAUACAAAGUGUCAGGCAGCUGGGACCAGUAUGUCAAGCAAUCCAUACACAUCUUGCAUCACUUUCAUCUACAGAGUUUGAAGAGCGGUUUGGAUGGUGCUUCCACUGGACUGAUAAUGCCAAGUUAUUUCGUAGAGCCUUUUAUGCCUUGAAGAGCUUAAAUGGUGUAAAUAUCUCCUUGAGUAUGAUGAAAAUUACAUCAUGUUUAGAGCGAUCACUGGGUGAUGUUUAUUUAAUGGUUGGAAAGGAAUGUCCUUUCUUACUAAGAGAUCUGCUUGCAUCUGCAGAACUAGCUGAAAUCCUCAGUAAACCAGUGAUGGAUGUGCUGAAAGUAUUCCUAGGCUCACCAGAAAGCCUUAAUCUUCGAAACAUAUUGUGGCAUGGAUUUGCAUCACCUGAUGAGAUUUCGCCCAAGUAUUGUUCCACCCUUUUGCUGUUAACAGCUGGGUUAGGGCAGCUACUAAAAACCUACCUCUCCCAAACCCAGUCACCACUUAAGCAUAGAGCUUACUUUCUGUUUAACAACCUGAAGGACAUGCAUUUAUUUCCAAAUAUCAGUGAGGAGGCACUUUUUGCUGCUGAGUUAUUGAUUGCCAAGUCUAAAUUUGUGUUGCCACAUAUGGCAUCAUUCUGGAUUGAAGCCAUUGCCGCGUUCCAGCAAAACAGGUAUGCAGAUUGUAUCAUUCUGUUACUUCCGCAACUUGAAUGCAGUCUGCGUUUGGUUUUUACAGCGGUUAAUAAUUGCCCAAACAGAAUGCUUACUGCUGAGUCUGCUGUUUUAUACACUACUUUUGAUGAGAUCCUGGCUGAACAACUGGAUAAUGAAUCUGAAAAUCAAGUCCCAUUCAUUCUUGGAGAACCAGCAAUGGAGUUUCUGUUGGACUUUUUGAAUCAUCAGGAAGGUCCACGAAUAAGAGACCAUCUCAGCCAUGGCGAAAUUCAACUCGAUGACUUUCCAAAAGAAAUAGCCAGUCAUUUACUAGGUUUUUCUCUGGUGAUCCUAUAUAAGCAUCUAGGGCAUGAGGAUGAUUUUUUGAAGGAGAUGGCUGCUAUAUUUAAUCCACUGAAUGAGGCUGCUGGAAGCUUCAAAUCAGUGUUCCAUCCAAUUGCUCUACUUCAAAAACAGGUAAUAGAAUGCGGUGACAGUCUUCAGAAAUGGACCCAUCUUCCAUCUCCUCCUGAACAUUCUGAACAAAUUAGCAAGGUAGAAGGCGCUGCAGACCCUGAAAUGGUGCUCACGCAUGAAGCAAUAUAUAUUAUGUCCCUACACACACAUCAAAUAAAGGAUUGCCCAGUUGCAGAAGAUUUAGACAACUGCCUUUUAACAAACAGGUGGUUUACAAUUGUGACUAACCUUUGCAACAAGCAUAUUAAGAAAUUGUUUUGCCAUCGAUGGGUUAUGGAGGUGGUUGGUGUUCUACGUAAAGUAAGCACACAGCUUUGCCUUGUAUCAAGAAAUGUUAUAUUUAUCUCAGAGCUCAGAUAUGAACAGUGGAUGCAGAAAGCAUUACGCUCCCGUCAAAGGCAGAACUACAUACGGAUGCUGUAUAGCAUCAAAGUCUUAACUCCUAUUCUCCGAUUAUUUGUAAUGUUGGUGAUUGUGAAUCUGCAGAAUGUACACACGAUUCCUCAGAAGAAUUUAGUGGAUUACCAGAAAUACAUAAAGUAUCUAAAAUCAAUUCUUCAGUAUACAGAAAAUAUGUCUUCCUGCACAAGUCUGGAGAAGAACAGAUGGGAUGAAACUAUUGAAAUAACCAGAAGAAUUCUCUUAAAAAUAAGGGUGUUUAAUGAAAACCAUGAAUUGCCACAAACAAUGAGAGAUAACCAGCCAUAACAACAUUGUUGUCAAUCGUCAAUAUAAAAAGUCAAUAUAAAUGUGACAGCAUUCAGUCUGGAAUCACAACAAAACAGAAUACAACAAAGCGGCUACUGUUAUAGAUAGUUUUGCUACUGUUUUACAAAUUUUUCGUUCAAGAGAAAUGGGACAGUUUUGUUCAUCACUAUUGGCUAUAUACUUAUAGAAUCGGAUUUACAUUGGAUGGAGGUGACUGCCAACCUAAGGAUGGAGAAAUGGUGUCUUAAAGUCAGAGGCAGACUAUCAUGGCUUCCUCUUAAUCUGAGAAAUUGUGAACUGUAUAUCUGUGUAAAAAUAUAUAUUAAUAUUUAUUUUU